AUGGCAUCGUCUUUUUUUUCUGAGUUUGGCCUUAUGUGGUACCUGAAGGAGCUCAAAAAGGAUGAGUUCAGAAAAUUUAAGGAGCUCCUCAAGCAAGAACCUCUGCACCUUGGACUCCAGCAGAUCCCCUGGUCUGAUGUAAAGAAGGCAACACGAGAAGACCUGGCAAACCUAUUGGUCAAACAUUAUGAGAAACAACAAGCCUGGGAUGUGACCUUCAUCAUCUUUCAGAAGAUCAAUCGGAAAGAUCUCUGCGAGAAGGCCAAGAGAGAGAUUGCCGGACAUGGAAAGAUGUAUCGAGCUCACGUCAAGGAGAAAUUCAGUGAGAUGUGGUUCAGAGACUCUGUCACCAGGAUUUAUGAUUGCUUUGAGAAGGAGCUCAUCAAGAAAGAACAUGAAUAUCUGGAAUUUCUUUUUGCUCCGAAAGAGACCAGGAGACAGACAGUGAUCCUCAGAGGUAUCCAGGGAAUUGGGAAGACAACGUUGCUGGUGAGGCUGAUGUUAGCCUGGGCAGAGGGCACACUCUACCAGCAGUUCUCCUACAUUUUCUACUUCUGCUGCCGGGAACUGAAGCGGUUGACAGCAGCCAGCUUGGCCGAGUUGGUUUGUAGAGACUGGUCCAACUCCCUCACCCCAAUAGGGGAGAUCACAUCCGAACCAGAGAGACUCUUGUUCAUCAUUGAUGGCUUUGAAGAACUGAAGUAUGGCUUGAAUGAACCUGAGUCAGAUCUGUGCAGCAACUGGAUGGAGCAGCGACCCAUCCAGGUGAUCUUAAGCAGCUUGCUAAGGAAGAAAAUGCUCCCUGAGUGCUCACUGCUCAUUGCUGCAGUGCCUACGUACCCUCAAGUAAUCGAGGACAGAUUGGAAUGCCCAGAGAUCAAAACACUCAGUGGAUUCACGGAGGGCGAGAGGAAGGUAUAUUUCUCCCAUAUAUUCCAAGACAAGAGUAGAAGCAUCAAAGCCUUCAGAUUUAUAAGAGAGAAUGUACAACUGUUUUCCAUGUGCCAAAUCCCCAUCCUUUGCUGGGUCGUGUGCACUUGUCUGAAGCAAGAGAUGGAAAGAAAGAAAGAUCUGGCUCUGACAUGCCGACGAACCACCUCCCUUUAUUCCUCUUUUGUCUUGAACCUGUUCACCCCCAUGGGGUCUAGUUGUCUAGAUGAGCAAAGCCAAGGUCUGCUGAAGGGCUUAUGUUCCCUGGCUGCUGAGGGCAUGUGGAAUGACACAUUUGUAUUCAAUGAAGAAGAUCUCAGAAGAAAUGGGUUGGUUGAUUCUGACAUUCCUGCAUUGCUGGGCGUCAAGGUUCUUCAUAAAUGUAGGUACACUGAGAACUCAUACAUGUUCAUCCAUGUGUGCAUCCAGGAGUUUUGUGCUGCCCUGUUUUAUCUUGUGAAGAGCCACACUAACCAUCCUAACCCAGCUGUGGGAUCUACCAAGGCACUGCUAUCCACCUAUUUAAAGAAUAAAAAGGUCCAUUGGAUUUUUCUGGGGUGUUUCAUGUUUGGCCUUUUGAAUGAAAAGGAACAACAGAAGCUGGAUGCAUUUUUUGGCUACCACCUGUGCCAGGAGGAGAUACAGCAGACAUUUCAGCAGCAUUUAUGGAGUGUAAGUGAGAGUGGACACCUUCAGGGACAGGUAGAUUUCUUGGCAUUAUGUUACUGUCUGUUUGAGAUGGAGAACGAAGACUUCAUAAAGUGGGCAAUGAAUCUGUACAAAGAGGUGCAUUUUUUUAUCACUGACAAGAUGGACUUGAUGGCUGCUGCCUACUGCUUAAAACACUGUUUUUCCUUGAGGAAACUUUGUUUUUCCAUCCAAAAUGUCUUUGAGGAAGAGCACACACACACUUCCACGUCAGAUUACCAUUUAACCAGUUGGCAUCACAUCUGCUCUGUGCUCACUACAAAUAAGAACCUCAGAGAACUUCAAGUAAGUGAUAGUAACCUCGAAGGCUCAGCCUUUGCAACCCUGAGUGAUCACCUGUGGAAUCCCAGCUGCCGCCUUCAGAAGCUUCAGAUAAGAAAUGUUUCGUUCUCUGGUGAGAGCUGGUUUUUCUUCAAGGUGUUCACUAAUAGCCCAGAUUUAGAACACCUGGACCUCAGUGGCAUGAGACUCUCCCACAGUGACGUGGUGUUGCUGUGUAACGCCUUGAACAAUCCGACGUGCAACAUAGAGAAAUUACUGCUGGCCAAUUGUGGCCUCUCAGCUGAUGAUUGUGAAGGCUUCAGUGAGGUCCUAAAGAAAAAUGCAAAACUGAAGCUUCUUAACUUAUCCUACAACUACUUGCACAGAGGACUGUCCCUGUUGUGUGAAGCCCUGUGCCACCCAGCCUGUGCUCUGCAGGUCUUGGUGUUAGUUUGCUGCUACCCCAGAGAAUGUUGCUGGGGAAACCUUUGUGAUGCUCUCCUGUGUAACAAGAACUUGAUCCAUCUGGAUCUCAGCACAAAUGUCCUGAAAAGCAAAGACUUGAAACUUCUCUGCGAGGCCUUGAAACAGCCGUUCUGCUGCCUGAAGUCUCUAUGUUUGUUAAACUGUUUCAUAACGUCCGAUGGCUGUCGCGACCUCGCCUCCGUCCUCACUGGAAACCCAAACCUGAGAAAUCUGCAAAUUGGGCGCAACGACGUGGAGGAUGAUGGUGUCCGACUGCUGUGCAGAGCUCUGCUGCAUCCCAACUGUCACUUAGAGCAGCUGGGGCUAGGUGCAUGCAAGUUGACCAGCGCCUGCUGUGAGGACCUUGCUUCUGUUCUCACCAGCAACAGAACCCUGAAGACACUCAAUCUGAUGGGAAAUGCCUUGGACCGCAAUGGGGUGCUGGUGCUGUGUGCCGCCCUGAGACACCCAGAAUGCAGGCUGCGGACUCUGGGGCUGAAAAUAGCUGAAUUUGAUGAGGAAACGCAGAGACUUCUGGUGGCUGAGAAAGAGAGAAACCCCGACUUGACAAUCAGAGAUGAGUAA